GUUAUACAUCCGGUGAAAUAUCUGUAUCAUUGUUCUCAUCUAUGAGGUUAAUGGCUCGCUAAAUAGAAUGUGUUGGGAACGAGGAUGUGUUUGACUGCGUGUCAUGACAUAGCUUUUUAGCCCAUACAUAGAUUAACUACUACGGUGUUAGCUAGAUAGCUACAAGAACAGAAGUUGGCUAAAAGUUGUGCAUUUAGCCUCCUCCUGCCUGGAUGUUAGAGCUGUGAUGGUGGUGUGUCCCCUGUCUUCAUUGUGACUCGUGUCCACUGCCUUCCUCUCCCUGCCCAGUGUGUGUGCCACCAUUUCACCAUGACCCUGCAUCUUCUCCUCGUCCUGUCCCCCGUCCUUGGGCUCCUGGUGCUGCUACCUUGUCUGUCAUCCCAUGUGGCCAGCCAGUUCAGCAUUGUGGCCAGCCAGACAAUGACAGGGCAAACCAAUUGCUCUGAAGAAUGCUCAUUCAAUACGACAUGUGAUCAUGCUUUCUUUUGGAAAGAGAAGUCCACUUGCUUUUUCUUGACAUGUCCGAAUUGUACCAACUGCAGCUGUAUCUCCUUCGCUGACCUGAUAACGGAACAAGAAACAGACAACAGUGGUUUUAAGAAAAAAGCUAAACAUGUCACUCAGUCUUCAAGUUCCGUAACUCCAUUGGAAAGCCAACAUAAGAACCCUACUGCUCAUGAAUUGACAGUCAGCAAUCAAACUACACAAACCUCUGCCCUCAAUGAGACCGGCUCUACCUCACAGCACAGCGAUGCUGGUCAGGCUCCAUCUGUUGGAGGGACUCCUGUUGUCUUAACUGCAUCUACCAUGACUGCAGCACAUUUGCCAGCUCCCAAGAAUGACACAGCAACUACAGUAUCUGAGACAACCCGCAAGUCAAAGAUCCAAAGCCCAGGAACAACCUCAGCCACUUCAGUAAAGCUGGAAUCUACUACUGUUAUGAAUCCACCAGCCGUCCCACAGAUGAUGAAAACAACGGAAUCAGAAACAACAACCACCGCUAUGACUACUAUCACCACAACAGCAAUGCCAUCUACUACCAAUACCACCACAACACAACCAACUACUACCACAACAACAAUACCAACAACUACCACUCCAAAAACAACUACCACUCCAAAAACAACUACCACUCCAAAAACAACUACCACUCCAAAAACAACUACCACUCCAAAAACAACUACCACUCCAAAAACAACUACCACUCCAAAAACAACUACCACUCCAAAAACAACCACUGCAGACACGCCUACAGAUGAGGAGAAGAAGCCGUCACCAACCGUUCUGGAGUCCCCCAGCUCUCGAGCUACCUCCAGAAACUCCAUGGUUCCUUCAACCGCCACUACUGAGGUCAGCACAAAAAGGCUGGACGAAGACACCAACAGAGCCGUUAUAGAUGUUGUUGCCGGCGAGAUUCUGACUCGACAGUUGGUGGACAGAAGCGCUCUAUUGGCUGUCCUGUUGUUUGGCCUCCUCUUCUUCCUAGUUACAGUUGUUCUCUUCCUCACACAGGCCUAUAAGAGUUACAGGAGGAAAGACUACACCCAGGUGGACUAUCUCAUCAAUGGAAUGUAUUCUGAUUCAGGUGUUUAAAAGUGACAAUUGAGUGUUUACAUUUCAACAUGGUUCAGUUAUUUCUAUUUUUAUAUUUUCUUUAUUGGAAAAGGGUUAAUAACAUACAUGAGUUAAGAGAUUGUCAAUGUUGCACCAGCCUUUGCCCUAGUAUUGCAUAACAUUUCUGUCUUAAAGGUACUCCAGCAUACAGAGAUUAUUCAAAUAUAAGUUACCCCUUCUGUCGUUUUUAUUCAGGCCUUAAGGUCUUAUGAUGGUCCAAGAAAUGAAUCAGGCCAUGGGCCAAAGUAUCACCACAGUGGUUUGUUAGUCCUAUAUUUCUAUGUCUUACAUUUCUAUGCAGAUGAAUAUUCCACCUCCAACCAAUAGGAUUAUGGCCAUAGACUGUUAGGUAUUCAGUUUUCUAAAAUAGUGAAUAUCAUUCUGAGUUCUGUGGAAAAGGGGCUGAAAAGGUUUAUUGAUGUAGCUUUGUUUACGUCUCUGGUAUUUCAUUUAUUGUACAUUUUUCGCUUGUAUAUAUCCAUUGCUUUGUGUACAUUUUGUUGGUAAUUUUUCAUGCAAUUUUCCUUUGUUCAUGACUUGCAUGUUUUCUUUGUUUACCAUUCCUGUCCUUGGAUUAAGAUUGAAGGCCAAAAUGAUCACUGAAGCACAUUAAUGUUAAAGCCAAGGGAAUUGUCUAGCCAUCAUGCACACCGUUCCAUGACGAAGAAGAAGGAACGGUUAUAUGAUAACCAAAAGAGACUUUCCAAUGCGGAGGAACUUCUGUCAAGGUUGGAAACGGGUCUGAAGGCCUGUUAUGUGCCAAUUUAAAUCUUACUAAUGUGCUAUUAAGCUAUGUUAUUUCCAGUAAAGAAAACAAUUAAGAAUGAA